AUGAAUGCGCCAACUUUCCUCACAAUUCCCGUGGAGCUGCGCGAGCUCAUAUAUGGAUUCCUUUUCAGUAGCUAUACCAUUCGGCAUGGCCUCAAGAAGACCGGGAAAUCUGGCGACGCGCAAGAGCCUUCGAAUCGCAUAGCGAUCUUGCUCAGCUGUCAUCAGGUACUUGCCGAAGCAAAUCGUCAUCUACCCCUCAACUGCACCCUGCAUUUUCGCGGCACGGAAGAUUUACUCGAGACUCUCCUCUCUGUCGACCAAAGUGUGGUGACGCGGCUCCGGCACAUACGGGUGCGCGCCUUCCCAUUUCCUUUAUACGUUUCGGGAGGAUCACAGUAUUACCCUACCUACUACGCAGCUCAGGCGCUUGCUUUGCUUCCCGGUCUUUGUUUGGAUACCUUGGUUGUUGAAGAUUGCUGGCACGGGUUUGGCAUGGGCGAUGGUUGGCGAGAUGUCGUCACCUACUUUGAUAUCGAGGCGCUUUUGAGAAGCAACGCAUGGAAGCAUCUCACUUACAUUACGCCAUGCACCGAUUUCAUCGCUUCAGGCUAUGACCAUCGGCGCAAACGCUCAGCGCAACCCGAGACAUGGGAUGCGCUUCUCAAAGAACGCGACGGUGAAGAGGGUGGUGCCGAGGUUCAGAUGUACAUUGUUCCAGACAAACAAGAGGGGGUCACUGGUAACGAAAAGACGGAAGACGGACGUAUCAUGCAGCCGUGGCAAGCAAAGCCAGGGCAUGAAGUUAAUGAGAACUGGCGUAUCGCAGGACCGGACCAAGAAUUGAAAGGCGAGGUGCGUAUCGUGGCGAGGAGAGGUAAGAAAGCAACAGCCGUUCAGCUAGGCUUGGGCGAGCAAAGGUCUUGGGCAGAGAUUAAAGGAAAAGCAGCAGGCGGUUUCGCACCUGAAGGCUGGAACCCAUAUCAUAAUGGUAUGGCAGAUGCAGUUGGCUGGCUAUAUGGUGGCUACGGGAAUCGGAUGCAGCUAGCAAACGCCGCCCUGCAUAGCUAA